AUGCCACUACUUUUAAAGACUCUGCCGUAUAUCUGGUUGGCAUUUUGUGUAGUUCCCUUAUUGGCCUUUAGAAAUGUGGAGGAUUACCACAAAUUAUUGCAAAAGAUAUUCGAAGAGCGUUCCUUCGAUACAAUUUUGCUGUUGGAUAGAAACUCAACAGCUUCAUCAUGCGACUUAGGGCAGGCCAUCCUCCAGUAUCCAGUGCCUAAGGUGGUUGUCACUAACAGAAAGGCGACAUUUAUCUACAAGCAGAAGUUCAAUGCAGAAAUUUUGGUCACCACCAUCAUGAUGACAACUAUGGAUCUGGAAGUAAUGGAAACCAUGGCCCACAUUUUGGAAUACAUGCGACAGACCAGAAUUCUCACCCUGGCCAUUGAUGUACAAAUGGAGGACAGUUUUAAAAAUCAGCUACUCGAAUCCUGUAAGAGUUAUAACAUGACCAACAAUGUUUUACACAUCAUCAACUCAAAUGGUAAGGACGAGGGGAAAUUCUUUAUACUCAAACCCUAUCCUCGGUAUCACUGGCACUCAAGUGGUGAGCAACGAGGAACAAAGAAUUUCUUAUAUUACCCUCAACAUUGGAGAAACAUGCAUAAGAAAACCCUGCUGACCUUUGCCGACCAAAGCAACACCAGGGUCAUGUACUUCAAAGAUCCUCAAGGGAAUUUAAAAAUGAAUGGCAUUUGUGGAAGAUUGGUGAUGCUUUUUGCCGAGCAUUACAAUGCAUCGCUGCAGAUGGCUUAUCCUUUGAGUUUGACCCAGCCUCCACAUUUUACGGUGAUUUUGGAGACUAUGAUUAAGCCAAAUUUAUUGGAUAUACCUAUGGUGCCCUAUACAGCUAUUGCUGGCGACUAUUGGAUAAACUCUUCGGAUGUUUUUGAAUACGAUCAGGGCCUAAUUAUGGUACCUUGCGCCCAAUUGCGAACCCUGUCGGAGGUCUACGAUGCCAUACUUACAGAUGAGUAUUUCUGGGGUUACCUCAUUACGGGCACCACACUUUUAUCAUUUGUCCACUCAUUAAUCGAUUAUGUGCUGGAUGAAAUUUUCCCCAGAAGCCGAAUUUUGUUCAGUGAACGCAUAUUUCCCGGCUUAUUGGGUCAACCGUUUGUGGCUCGCUGUACCAAGAGGCAUAGCUUAAAAAUCCUUUAUCUUUUACUCUUCAUAGCUGGUCUCAACUUUAAUUGCCUCUUCUCGGCCGAAGUCAGAAGUCUAUUUACCAGUCCGGGCUUUUAUCCUGAAAUUCGAACCUUGGAUGAUCUAAGUCGUUCGCCCUACAAGCUGUUGCUCCAUGAGGUAGAAGCCAAAUACAUAAUGCCCGAAAUUAAACUAAACGAGGAUUCCAUUGCGACCACCCAGAAUUUGACCUAUUUGUAUCGGCUGAGACAGGAGCUGAAUUUAACCUAUAGCUAUUAUUGCUCCUUACUUGGCUGGAAAUCAAUUGAACGCAAACAAGAAAUAAUAGGCAAAAAGGUCUUCUGCACCUAUGAAAAUUUGACUGUAAUACCUUCAAUACUCUGGAGUAUGCCUUUGCAGCAUAAUUCGCCAUAUAAGGAGGCCCUGAAUUAUCUCAUCCAUUUGGUGCAUGAUUUUGGUCUAGCGCAAGCUUGGUUUGCGAGCACAUUUUCGGAUUUGCUAAAGCUACAGGAGAACAACAUCAAGCAUACGGUUCGUGAACCACAGACCAAGUCCCUGAGUGUAGAGAACAUGCAAUGGAUAUGGAUAUUGAUGGCAGGUGGUUUGCUAAACAGUGGACUUGUGUUCCUAUUGGAAUUGGUAUGGGGAGGCAGAAAUCGAUGCUGGCAUUGCAGAAACCGAUACUGGCAUUCUUUCAAGUUAUUUGAAAGAAGAAAAAUUACAAAGUUAUUUUCACAAGACAAAAAAACGUGA